AAUAGAUGGUUUUACUGGUCGCGCCUUCCAAAAGAGUCGUCCGCUAAGCGCUUCUAGUGUGCACUGUGCUUGCCCUUAGUCUCAUGCGCUUUGCCCUCUAGCUUUCAUAUCAGAAUUGCGAAGGAAGAACCUCAGCUGUCCAUUCACUUCGCAACCUAAAAUAUGGAAGUCUUUCAGGUCCUUGGAAAAUCCCUCUCAGCCCAUCUCCUCCAAGUUUCUACGACUCUCCUCCCAUACUCAAUCCAAGGACCCUUGCUGAGCGCUUUGGGCAUUGUGACGUAUGUUUCUUUGAUACCUUCUGCGCCUCCUAGCUUUCCGAGUUCUGGUAAUGGUCUCUGGUAUACCGCACCUGGGACGAUAUGGGUUCAAGAAUUUUUACCCAUCGGCAAUGGGUACUUGGGUGCGAUGUUACCUGGCGGUACUAACCAAGAAGCCACACAACUAAACAUCGAGUCCCUGUGGUCGGGAGGUCCCUUCCAGGAUCCCUCGUACAAUGGGGGCAAUCACUUGCCUUUCAAGCAGUCUCAAAUAGCCGUGAAAAUGCAGAACAUUCGCGAAGCUAUUUUUUCUAGUCCUACAGGGACAAUUGACAAUAUCGACGAGAUCAUGACACCCGGUGACACAUAUGGUUCAUACGCCAGCGCGGGAUACUUGAUAGCAACAUUGGAUUCAACUAGCUCAGUUUCGAAGUAUGCAAGGUGGUUGGACCUAGACGAAGCAGUGUCUCGUACUACCUGGUCUGAUGGAAGCACAACUUUUCUUCGAGAAUCCUUCUGCUCCCACCCUCUUCAAGCAUGUGUGCAAUACCUGAACAGCACGACUUCUCACGUCCUCCCAUCUGUGACCUAUGCCUACACCGUUGCCGGGGUCGAUGGCCUCCCGGCUCCGAAUGUUACCUGCUUGGAUGACAGAACACUGAGUAUUAGGAACUACGUCUCCAUCCCUGGUAUGCUUUAUGAGAUUCUUGCGCAGGCGCAGGCACCCAGCGGGCUGGUCUCGUGUUCUGCGGUAUCUGGGGCAUCCCCACCUAAUGCUACUUUGACCGUCCUUGGUGCAUCUGAGACGUGGAUCAGUUGGGUCGGAGGAACGAACUAUGAUAUGGCUGCCGGAAACGCAGCUGCCGACUAUUCCUUUCAAGGACCAGAUCCACACAACAAUCUCGUCGCGUUGCUUUCGUCUACCAAUCGUACAUCUUACGCUGAGAUGCUGAAUGGGCAUAUCAAAGACUAUACUUCCCUCGUUUCUCCCUUCUCGCUUUCCUUGGGACAAACUCCGGAUUUCAAUACCCCCACUGAUCAAAUUCUUGCUAGAUACCGUACUUCUGUUGGAGACACUUACUUGGAAUGGCUUCUAUUCAACUAUGGAAGAUACCUCCUAGCCAGCAGCGCUAGAGGCGCCCUUCCCGCAAAUCUACAGGGUUUAUGGGCUGAUGGGUAUUCAAACCCUUGGGGCGCUGAUUCCAAUAUCAACAUCCAAAUGAACUAUUGGGCCGCCGAGAUGUCUAAUCUAGAUGUGACUCAGUCACUCUUUGACUAUAUUGAGAAUACGUGGGGACCUCGCGGAGCGUACACUGCUCAGGUUCUGUACAACAUUAGCGAGGGAUUUGUGACACACGGUGAAAUGAAUAUCUUUGGCCAUACUGGUAUGAAGCUUGGCGGGAACUCUGCUCAAUGGGCCAAUUAUCCAGGAUGGCCGCUCGUCAAGCUGAAUUUUGUACAGGCUGUUGCCAGCUUUCAUCUAGAGAAGCUCAUCGAGGAUUUGCACUUCAACGAUUCGACUCUUGUUACCGCACCUUGCAAUUCACCAGAGCAAGUCCCUAUUACUCUUGGUUGCGCACAUGCUCAGCAGCUGAUAUGGCAGCUCUUCAAUAUAAUCGAGAACGGUUUCGAGGCAGCUGGUGAUACCGACACUGCAUUUCUAGAUGCGGUUAUUUCCAAACGGCAGCAGAUGGAUAAAGGGCUGCGUAUCGGACGGUGGGGUCAACUGCAAGAGUGGAAAGUCGACAUGGAUAUGCCGGACGACACUCACAGGCAUCUUAGUCAUCUGAUUGGCUUAUACCCCGGUUAUGCGAUAGCAUCGUAUUCCCCUGAGUUACAAGGUGGUCUAAUUGUCAACGGGACUUUCACGCGCUAUACCAAAGAAGAAAUUUUGAACGCUGCGGAAACCAGUCUGUUCCAUAGAGGUAUCGGAAGAGGCCCUGAUGCGGAUGCAGGAUGGGAGAAAGUUUGGAGGGCUGCGGCGUGGGCGCAGCUUGCCAACGAGACUGAAUUUUACAAAGAACUUACUCACACCAUCGAGAGAAAUUUUGCGCCCAACCUCUUUUCCAUGUACACGUCUGAUGGAAUUUUCCAGAUCGAUGCGAAUUUGGGGUAUCCUGCUGCUGUUUUGAAUGCACUGCUACAAGCCCCUGAUAUCGCGAAUAUCAACGUUCCACUCCAGGUUACACUUCUACCUGCUCUCCCUCUCACAUGGUCGACUGGCGAAAUGAAGGGCGCGCGCAUACGUGGGGGGAUCACCCUCGACUUUGCGUGGAAUGAUGGCAGGCUAACGACUAGCAACCUUUACCGUAGGGAGAGAGAUGUGAUAGUGAAGUAUGGUGGACGGGUUGUAGCACAGUUCAGGAGCAAUGGGGGAUACAGCCAAACCGUCUCUUCAUUCUAAGAAACAAAGUGGACAGAAAUUUUGAAUUCCUAACCAUGUAC